UAGUUUUAAAUUUUCGUGACGGUUUUCGUUUGUUAUUUCACAAAAAAAAUUAUCAGUUCUUCAUUAUCCUUUCGACAAAUUAGUUUGUAUUUAUUGUUAGUGAAAAAAAAUAAAAAAGUACAUAUAUAUACAUAUAUUUCAAUAAUAAAAAUGGCCACAAAAUUUGAACAAACUGUGAUGUAUUCACAAUUGCAGCCAUGGAGCACGGCUGGUGCGCCGCCAUGUAUGGAGCCUGUGACUGGUCCUUCGGUACCGCCACGCGUGGGCAUAGCUUAUCAGAACAAUCAUCCGCAUCCAUGGCGACCGACACUGGCUUACGAAAUGAUUGAGGUCAAGAACUUAGCUGAGCAACCGGUAACCAAUCAGCUGGUGAAACCGUGCUUCUCACCCUCAGGCAUGACAACGGAGCCAAUGAAUUUUCCCAAUUUGGUAACGGGUUUCGAACGUAAUCCGCAACACGCUGCUCGUGCGGCGCUCUUCACGCGUUACACCAGCAACGAAUGGGUUAACAGUAAUCUGACCAAAUAUGCAGAGUCCAAUAUAAAUCGUAAUCAAUCGGAGCGCUUGCGCAAUGAUGCAGUACGUUUAAUGCGUGAAACCGAUGAGAAGACAUCGCAAGGGCAACGUGAUGCGGGUCGACGUUUGGGUGAACGUAUAACGGAUGUCACAUUUUGGCGUAACGAAUUAAAUACGGAGCUGGAUAAGUUGGUUUCGGAAUCGGCCGCAAUUUCCGAAUUGAAGCGACGCUGCGGUAAAGCCAUGCUGGACUUGGAGGCACCGUUACAUAUCGCACAAGAGUGCUUAUAUCAUCGUGAGGCGCGUGCGGGUGUGGAAAAGGUGCAUGAUAUAGCUGAGAAGGCCUUGCUAUUGGAGAUAGACAAUAUAAGGAACUCACGUGAUAAGCUUAAGGAUCUUCACGAGAAGAUCACAAAACAAGCCAACGACUGUCGAGCAGCUCAGCAUUUACUCGAGGAGGAUGUCGCUCAUAAAGAAUCCACUCUGGGCAUCGAUUCGGUUUGUCAUCAGCUGAAUAAUUAUAGUCGUGGCAUUAGUUACUACGGCGGCAUCGAAAAAUACGAUCCGAGCAUAAGUACACAGGAAUCUUGGGCCGAGGCGAGCAGUCAACGCGUUAGCAGAUCCCAAGCCGAACGCGCUAAGCUCUCUCAAUUACGCAGCGAUGCUGAGACAAUUGUUAAUGCAAUUGCUCAAUCCGUCUGGGAUCAUUGGAGUAAUACCAAUAACGCAUUGGAUCGUCGUGCGCAAGAGAUGAACGAGUCGAAGAAUAAGAUACAAUUACAUUUGCAUAAGGUGCAACAAGAAUUAUUCGAUCUAGAGAAACAUAUAUUCUUAAUACAAAAAGCACUACAAGAUAAAUCGAAUCCAUUAAAAGUGGCUCAGACGCGUUUGGAGGCACGCUCGCAUCGUGAGGGCGUCGAGUUGUGCAAGGACUGGGCUCAACUACGACUGGUACAGGAAGUACAAGAUAUACAGGACACUGUCAAAAAUCUACACUACAAGUUGCAAGAAGCCGAGGCGCAACAUCAGAACUUACUAAAGACGCGUUCAACUUUAGAAGCUGAUCUACGACGCAAAGUGAAUGCAUUAUUUAUUGAUCGUGAAAAGUGUAUGGGACUAAGACGUUCCUUCCCCGUGAAUAAUUUGAUUAAGUACUAAAUUUUAUGCGCAAAUAAUACCGUAAAAAAUUUGUUAGUUCGCAUUUGCCAGUGAGAAGUAAUGGUGAAUUAGUGUGUACUCUGUAACUUGCCUAGUGUAGUGUCAAUAUCGAAUAAAUAAUUUUGUCGAUGAAAUUGUUGUAAAGCUUUA